CUUUGUUCUUCACCUUUGGAAGCGGAAGCAAAAGCUCUUCUUGAGGCCCUCUCACUUGCCUGCCACCUUUCGGUCCCAUGCUGGAUUCGAUCGGACUGUCUGCCUUUGGUUCUUGCUCUCUCGGCUCCUCAUGAGUCGUGGCCAUGGAGAAUCUCUGCCUGGUUAGGGAUCAUGGUGGACUUGCUUGCGAGACACCCGAGUAUCAAGGUCUCCUUCUUUAGAAGGAAACUCAAUGCUCGAGCUGAUUGGGUUGCACGUUCGGCUGCACGGGAUGAACUCCCACAGGAUUGGAUGUUAAUUCUGAAUAUCAUUUCGCCUCUCCUUGUUCACCCUUAG